UCAACAAUUUAUUAAUUUAAUUUAUCUUUUUAUGUCAUUUGAUUUCUAGUUUCAACUCUUCAAUUCAAAUUUCAUCUGGAGAAGUUUCUCUUCUUGGUCUUUUGAAUGGCCAAGUUACUCUCUCCAGUGUACACAGAACCUCUCAAACUGCAUAACCCAUCACAGAAAUUUUGUUCCAGAAGCUCAUGGAGGUUGCUGCCAAAAACUGCAACCCACAUGAACUCUGUGACACACAAUGGCAAACGAAGAGGGUGUGGCAGGGUAAGAGUUGCUGCUGAGGAAAAAUCGUUUUCAACAAGUGACACUGUUGCAGAUGAUUACUAUGCAGUUCUGGGUCUGCUUCCAGAUGCCACUCCUGCACAGAUCAAGAAGGCCUAUUACAAUUGCAUGAAAGCUUGCCACCCAGAUUUGAGUGGCAAUGAUCCUGAGACAACCAACUUCUGCACGUUCAUCAAUGAAGUGUAUGGGGUGCUUAGUGAUCCCAUUCAGCGCAUGAUUUAUGAUGAAAUUCAUGGGUAUUCUUUGACUUCCAUUAACCCUUUUCGGGACGAGUCUAGUCCGAAGGAUCAUGUUUUUGUUGAUGAAUUCAGCUGCAUAGGAUGCAAAAAUUGUGCCAAUGUAGCCUGUGAUGUGUUUGGAAUAGAGGAAGAGUUUGGAAGAGCCAGAGUGUACAGCCAAUGCGGGAAACCUGACUUAGUUCAACAGGCUAUUGAUAGUUGCCCUGUUGACUGCAUUCAUUGGACAUCAGCCGCACAACUAUCAUUGCUUGAAGACGAAAUGCGCCGUGUAGAAAGAGUCAAUGUUGCCCUGAUGCUUUCAGGAAUGGGAUCAGCAUCAAAUGAUGUUUUCAGAAUGGCAAGUUCGCGAUGGGAAAAGAGGCAGGCAAAAGUCCUGGAACAAGCAAAAUUGAGAAUGAUGAAGGAGAAAGGUUCUGAGAAAGCAGAUAUGUUCUGGAACAAUCUUUGGGGUAAACAAAAAGACUUAAGUUCAGAGGAGGAAAUGAAAGAAAGAGCAAAGAGGGCUGCAGCUGCUGCUAGAAGAUGGAGGGAAUACUCAAGAAGGGGUGUUGAUAAGCCUCCCACAUUCAAACUUCCAGAGGCAGCUUCCACCAUGGAUUAGUGACUACUAUCUUCCUUAUACCAUCCAUUCCCAUGUAAUUAAUUCAUCCAUAGCAUCUCAAUGAAUCUCAUAAGCUUAAUUCCCAUUUAA